UCUUUCUCCAUUUUUCAUUCAUGCACAAUGGUCGGAAGGGGUCAACCGAUUUCUCUCCUCCCAACAAGAACAUUGAAGCAUAUGGAGUGUGAAAUCCAUUGCUCUCUGAGAAAUGCUGCGUUGCAUCAGUGCAGGCAGGAGUAGUUUAGGCAGGGUAGCUCUAGCCAUUAGAAUGCUGCUUGGAUUCUGGAUUGUAUUUAGGCAGGAAGGAAGAGCUAGAGUCGUGAGCGAGUGAGCGAGCAGAGCAGCGCCUUCGCUUUUCCGGAUAGAUUUUCUUCCGUGGAGUUGCAAGAUCUGAGAUGGAUCUCUGGUUGUCUGCAUUCUGGUUUUGGCUUACUUUGAGUGGCUUGCUGUCGGGAACAAUGUCACAGCUGAGAGCCGGCUUCUACGAUCUCACUUGCCCUCGAGUGGAGAGCAUUGUUCGAACGACAAUGACUCCGAACUUGAUGGCGGAUCCCACUGCAGCGGCGGCACUCGUUCGAGCAGCAUUCCACGACUGCCAAGUUGGAGGCUGUGACGCAUCGAUUCUUCUAACUUCGGCUGGAGCAAUCACCAGCGAGCAGGAGUCUGACAAGAACUUUGGAAUUCGGGGGCUGAAUGUGAUCGACAGGGUAAAGACUGCUCUUGAGUUCUGGUGUCCCGGAGUGGUGUCGUGCGCGGACAUAGUGGUCCUGGCCGCCCGGGAUGCGAUCACUAUGGGAGGAGGUCCGACCAUAGAUGUGUUACUAGGCAGGAGGGACAGCCGGUUUGCAAGCAAUGCUCAAGCAGACAGUUCUCUUCCACCGGCAACCAUCACAGUUCCGGCAAUGCUCGACAUGUUCAAGGCGAAAGGCAUCACUCCGGAGGAAGGUGUUGCUCUCAUAGGUGCUCAUACAAUCGGAGUGUCACACUGCGUGAGCUUCGUGAAUCGCUUAUAUCCCAGUAGGGACUCGGCAAUGGGAUUGGUGUACGCUGGAAGGUUGGGCUUGAGCUGCCCGACUGGAAACCCCGUACUCAUCAACAACUUAACCGUGGUAGCCAACGAUAACACCAAUCUCAUCUUCGACAACCAGUACUUCCGGGACGUGAGCAGCGGAAUGGGGCUGCUGACGAUCGACGCGGAGCUGGGAGUGCAUCCAGCGACGUCCGGGAUUGUCGCCCUCUACGCCCAGAACCAAAAGGCCUUCUUCGACGCUUUCACCGCGGGGUUCCUCAAGCUCACGUCUCACACGGUGCUCACCGGCGACAGUGGCGAGAUACGACGAAGCUGUGGAUCUCUCAACUGAUGGGAGUGAUGAUUUUCAGGCUCGCCAAGGCUUCCAUGAGCUCGAUCGAUCGACCCAAGAGAGGCUCGCUGGUGUGUGAGAUAAAUAACCUUAGGAAAAGGCUUCACGGAGGAGUUAAGAUUUUUGGUAUGAGCAAAGACAUCGUUGCUCAAGGAGUGGACAAGUGUGAUUUUUGUGAGACCCUUUUCUCACAUUGAUAGCUCAUUGAAUAGACAAAGUGACAGUC